AUACACAUCACCGUUAUUUUGAAAUGGCUAAAGCUACAACAAUUAAAGUCGCCAUCUCUAACUGGGAGGCAAGAACAGGCCAAAAAGCUAGUGAAGCAAAAGAGGUUAAAUUAUAUGCACAGUUUCCACCAAUUGAGAAAAUGGAUGCAGGUCUCUCUUUACUAACGAAAUGCGAGAAACUAUCAUUAUCCACAAAUGCUAUCGAUAAGAUAUCAAAUCUAAAUACCUUAAAGCACCUUAGAAUACUUUCCUUAGCGAGAAACAACAUUAAAACCAUAUCCGGUUUAGAACCUCUCGGAGAGACGCUUGAAGAAUUGUGGAUUUCUUAUAACCUUAUAGAAAAGCUUAAAGGACUUAGCUCCCUUAAGAAGCUGCGAGUUCUCUACAUGUCAAAUAAUAAAGUCAAAGAUUGGGUAGAACUCCUUAGACUGAACGACCUUCCAUCUCUAGCGGACUUAGUCUUUGUUGGUAAUCCGCUUGAAGAAAACAACCCUGAAACUUUCAGAGACGAUGCCAUGAAAAAACUACCAAAAAUCAAGAAAUUAGACGGAAUACCCUUUGUUAGGGAUGACGAAGAUUAA